UUUUUCUAUAAACAUCACCCCUUCAAUACACUUCUUCUUUGUAGCACAUAAUAUCAAUUCACUUGUCAACAUUGGAAAUAUGUUUAAUUUUUAUUAAUUCUUUGUGUAUAUCGACGAAAAGGAAUACUGAUAAGUAAGAAGAUGAAUAAAAAUCCAAACUUCACAAUAAAACAAGAAGGGAAAGGGUUGUAUUCCAACUGUCAUGAGAAAGAUGAAAACUAUGGCUCAAUGUCUCAAGAAGAAAUGUACAUGACCAACACUGGACAGAUGUUUUCACCAUCGGCAGCAUUCUCUAUUGGAAUGUAUCCACAUAAGGAUGCAAUGGAGGACACAGUUAUUAGAAGAACUAGAUCACUGAUACCUCAUUCUGUUAAAUGUCAAAUUAUACAACUAGCCCAGGACAAUCCAAGAAUCACACAAGGAGAGAUUGCUCAAAUGUUUGGUAUAGACCGAACAACAGUAUCCAAAAUACUAAAAAGAAGACAUGAAUUUUUGGAAGAAUCAAAAACUACCACAGACACAUGUUCACCGCCGAAAAUAAGCAAAUCUGAUCAUGUGGUAAAUGACACUUUGUGUAAAUUUGUAAAUUUAUGGUAUAUAGAAGCUAAAAAGAAAAAUGAACGAAUAACACAGUCUAUGGUAAAAGAUAUGGCACAAAGUAUAGCAAAGAGUUAUGGAGUUUCUCAUCUGUCAGCUGAUAGCAGAUGGUUUGAGGAAUUCUUUACCAAGCAUAAUAUCAAAGAAUCUGACAUAGAAGAUCUGGUAAUAAAGAAAGAAGAUCCCAGCUCCAGUGAUGAACUUAUUCUAAUAGAGCCACCAUAUCAGUCUGUCAUUGAUUUCCGAGAAUCACCAACAAGAGUGGCUAGUUUUGGUAAGAGACCAGGAAACCGAGCUUCUCACACUGCCACAUCACAUUCACAUCAUGGACAAAACAGACAGGCUCUCUCGACAAGUCCUUCAUCUACUGUUACCAGUUCAGGCUCACGACUGGGAACAGGAAAUAAAAUACCCAGGGUUCAAACAGAGACGGCAGAUACUACUAGAGAUGAUUUAUUAUUAGAUACCAGGAAGGAAAUAGAGGAACUGGAAACAAAUGAAGCUUUAAAAAGAGAAAUGGGAAAUCUAGAUAAAUUCAGAGAACAACAGAAGGUGAUGGAGGAAGUCAACAAGCAAAGAAAGGCACUGUUAUCUAAAACUUUGUCUGAAAGGCAGAAAAAAGCACAAGAGGAAGCUAGAAAGCUGGCACAUAUACAGCGAGAAUUGAUGAUCUUAGAUAACCUUUUAACAGCAGAUGUUAAUGUGAUACGAAGUCGUAUUGAAAUUGCUAGCAGAGAGUUUUUAGAUGCACAAAAAAGAUAUGAAAGAGCAGAAAAAGAGUUUGUGGAUUCUAAAGUUGAUCUUCAGAAGAAAUCAGAACAGAAGGAAUCAUUGACAGAACAUCUUUACACAAUUAUACAUCAAAAUGAACUUAGAAAGUCUAAUAAAUUAUCAGAACUGAUGAAAGAACUAGAAAUGGAACAAAAUAAUGAAUCUCAGGCUCUCCCCACUUUACCCCCUCUAUCAUCAUUUAAUACAAUGUCAUCUGGAGAUACUAUACACUCCCCAAAGUCACCGUCACAGUCAACAACAAACCAACCAUUGGAAAAUGUGAAUCCAGACCCAGUAGGUACAACUAAUCCUUCUCAACAAAAUGUGAAUCUGUCUACAGCAACUGAAAAUGUGAAUACAUUAAAAGAUGUGAAGGAAGGGGAAAAUGUAGAGUCUAGUCAGAGUGACAAAAAUACUGUUGAUGUUUUAAUAAACAAUGAAAAUGUGAAUAAAGGAAAUACUACACAGGGCUUACCUACAAAUGAUCUGUUGGGAAAAGAACAUGACAAAGACAAAAGUGCAAUAUUGACAACCAAUGAAAAAAUUCAGAGUAGUGACACAACAAUAAACCUUACAGAUUCUUCUACAGAAUCAGAUAAACAUACUAACCAGAAUCUCAUAUCUAUAUCACCUAUAAAUAUUGGUGGUGUAACUGACAGUCAGAACAGAGAAGACUUACCUGGUACCUGGUCAUUAGAUGUGGUACAAAAUGACAAUGGGCAUUGAAACCUGGUACCAGGUCAUUAGAUGGGCAUUGAAACACAUCUUUAUUUAGGUUGUUACAUGUUUUGUUAUUUGUAAAACAAAUAGAGGGUUUGAUAACUUUUGAGUAUAUUCUUGCUUUUUAUAGAGUGGGUACUUCAGAACAUUUGUACAAAUUAAUUCUUAUAUAAAUGUAUUGGUGAUAAUGAAAACUCUUUUUCCCAGAUCAUGCAGAUGAAAUAUUUAUUUUCUAUGCAUGUAAUUCAAUCUUUUUCUCAUCACUCAGACACUUGGCAUCUGUUGUUCCUCGUUGUGGUAAUUAUCUUUUACAAAAAUCUUCUCCUGAAACUACUGGGCCAAUUCUAAUCAAUCUUGACCACAAUCAUUAUUGUGGUAUUUAGUUUCAGAAAUAUGUGGGGUGACCUGGCAAACCAACCAAGAUGGCAGCCAUUGCUAAAAAUAGAACAUAGGGGUAAAAUGUAGAAUUUUGCUUAUAACUCUGAAACCAAAGCAUUUAGAGCAAAUCCGACAUGGGGUUGAAUAAGUUAAUAAAGUCAAGAUCUAUCCACCCAGAAAUUUUCAGAUGAAGCGGACAUCCGUUUGUUUGGUUGCUGCCCCUGAAUUGGUAAUUAAGGAAAUUUUGCUACUUUUGGUUAUGAUCUUGAAUAUUAUAAUAGAUAGAGAUAAACUGUAAACAGCAAUAAUGUUCAGCUAAGUAAGAUCUACAAAUAGGUCAACAUGACCAAAUUGUCAGUUGACCCUUUAAGGAGUUAUUGCCCUUUAUUUCGUCAUUUUCUGUAAAUUUUUACAAAAUAUUUUCCUCUGUUACUAACAGGCCAAGUUCAGUAUAGAUAGAGAUAAUUGUAAGUAAAGUAAGAACAACAAACACCGGACCAUCACCAAAACACAAUUUUGUCAUGAAUCCAUCUGUGUCCUUUGUUUAAUAUGCUCAAAGACCAAGGUGAGCAACACAGGCUCAUUCAUGUUUGUCAUUGGAGCUUCUAGUUUUCAAUACCCAACUGGUAAAGGUAGUCCUCUGAUUUAAGCCAAUUACCUUCAUUAAUAAUAACUCUACUUUACAUAAACAUGAACUAGACAAGUGCACUCCCAAUUCAAAAUAAAAAAGAGAAUUUC